AUGAGCAUGGACGCUGGCGCUCUUGCUCAGAUGAAUUACGGUCCGAUGAGCCCAGGCGGUGAGAUUGGUGCCCCGUCCGCGGGAUUCGCCUCUCGCGGAAAGGGAACGGGCCUGAAGCGUCUCAACCUCGCAGCCAUCAGUGAGAAUCCUGGCGAGGCGUGUCAGACCCCACGCACUAGCCGAUCUCACUUGCUCGCGGGACUUAGGACCGCCCCGAAACCGGGCACUCCCGCCUCGGCGCCUCUGAACCAACAGCCGCACAACGGGUUCAAUAUGCGGUCGGACUCUCCGUCUGGGGAGUACCCACGUCACCAGCUUCCGCAGAUGCCUCACACUGCCGCUGCCACACACUUUCCGCAGUCUUCGCAGCACUAUGGAGCGCAGAACAUGCAGCAGUCGUACCAGCCUGCGAACCAUGUGCUUGCACCUCCGUCGAUGGCCUUUUCUCCGGAGGACCAGGAGACAGAUCCGAACCUCGUGGCGCAGCUCCUCGCCACCGAGGCGUAUCUGAACCAACGCCAACAGCAGCUUCAGCAGCAGCUCCUCAACCUGACCGGCCAGCAGUUCGGAGGGAUGAAUUUCAACGGGGGCGCUCGUGGCAACUAUGCGGGGAGCCCGCAAACUCCCCCCACCCCCCAGAUGGGUUUCUAUGCCCAACAACUGCAGAAUGGCGUGUCUCCAAUCCCUCAGGAACUGCCUGGGUAUCCGGGUGUCUACCGUGUUUUUAAUCCGAUGACGGGGCAGUACACGUACGCGGUGGAUCCGAGCAUGCAUCCGCAGCAAUCCGUGGCUUCCCCUGUUCCGCAGACCCCGAGCCAUCACUUGUACGGUGCUGCCACGGAGCGCCUUCGCCGUGGAGCAUCCCCGAUCGAUGCGUCCUGCACCAGCCCAUUCAGCCCUCGCGGACCUACUCCUCCGAAGCACACGCCGUCGCCCACCCAGCAGGGCAUGGCCCCGCCUCCUGGAAACUCCAACAACUCCGCUCUGCGUCGCAACCACAAGAAGAUCUCCUCGCUGAACUUCUCCACCGCCUCCCCGAUCUCCGACGCUGCGCCCCGGUCUGCACGUCCCGCGUUCCCGCCCACCCCCCUCACCGGUACCUUCGGCCCUGGCCAAAACCGCGCCGGCGAGCACCCGACCCGCCAGCCCCGCGGCCCGCCCCCCAUGGAAGAGCUCCUCGCUGCCCCGACCACCAAGCACGAAGGCAGCAAGAAUUUCGCCACCCGCCAGCGCCGCAAGGCGGUCAGCAGCCUGGUCCGCAAAGGCCUCGAGCGCCGCGGCGGCGCCGGCAGCGUGCACGGCAGCAUCGGCGGCGCCAGCUCCGGUAGCGUCGGUAGCUCGACGCCCGUCAGCGAGACGGAGAUGACGUUCUCCCUCCCGUCGUCCGACGCGGAGCUCGAGCACCCGUUCGCCGACGGGGACGGGUAUGGUGACGAUGGGUACUCCGACGCCGGGACCGGGCGCACAUCCGAUAAAUCGAGCCAUGGGAGCCUGCGCGCCGCGGCGAUCGGAGCGGAGCGGAAGGAGCGGAUGAGCGGGGAGGCAGAGGCGAUAGUUGCGGGUUUGGAGAAGUUGGAGUUGAAGACGCCGCCGGGGGACCGGAGGCAGAUGCCGUUCAUGUUGUUGGAGCGCGUGGAGAAGCGGAAGAGCUACUGCGGCUAA